CACAAAAAUUCCAAAAGUACCCAAAAUUACCAAUUCCAGUCCAAAUUUAACCCAAAUUCACCAUUCCAGUCACCAAUCCCCCAUCACUCUUUCCUUUUUACCCCCAAAAAUAAUUUUCCUCAGAUAUCCCUAAAUUCUCUUCCCCUCUCCAUAAAACCAACACAAAUUCACACACCCCCAGGAACUAAAAACACACCAAAGCUCAAAUCUUUUAGCUUAUUAUCACACAUCAAAUCAUUAUUACAAACUUAUUACCCAUGUUCCAUUUUCUUGGAUGAUGCUUUCCCUUUAUUGUUACAGCACCAGUGGCAAGAACAAGAACAAGAACAACCUCUUCCUAGAUAUUUCAGUUCUUGAUAAUAUUUCAAACUUAAUUUUUUCUUUACCAAAACCCCAACUUUCUUGUAAAUUGUUCUUUUUCUUCAAUGCAACCCCACGAUCUUCACCUGUAAACCCUCCAUAGACAAUCUUUUCUCCGAUCCAUGUCGGACCCACAACCCUCUUCCUCUUCUUCUCCGAUCCAACAAGAAAACAAACCCGAAAAUAACAACAACAACAACAGUACUAAUAGUAAUAAUCAUGCUAAUAAUAACAGUAUUAGUAGUAGUACUAGUAAUAUAGUUGUUAGUAGAAGACAGAGGCCAGCUAGGGAGUGUACUAAAAGGGCGGCGGCCAGAUUACAGGCCGCCGCCCAGGCAGAGGCGGAGGCUGCUGCCUCUGCUAAGGUGAGGAAGAAAAAGGGUGUUAGUAGGAAGCAAAAGUUAGCAGCUAGGUUAUUGAGGGAUGAGGAGGAUGAUGAAGAGAAGUUUCUAGAAGGUUAUGAUGAUGAUGAUGAGGUGGAAGAAGGUGAAGAUGGUGGGAGGAAACAAUGUGGCAAGAUUGUGACUCAGCUUGUAGGAGAGCCCGAAGAAUCGCAGUUGCCUCGGUGGAAUUUACGGUCUAUGUGGCAGUUAGCUUCAAUAUUGAAUUUCUUGAAUGUUUUUAGGCCUUUGUUGAAUAUUAGAGUGGAGUUUUCAGCUGAGGAAUUUGAAACAGCAUUGAUUUCUCCAAAUGAUACACUUGGUGAUAUACACAUGCCAUUGCUAAAGGCAAUCCCACCGGUUACGCGAAUGGCACUUGGACACAAUACAUGGAUUACUGUUUUGUGCAGGAAAUUAAGAGAUUGGUGGCAUUGGGUCGCAGAGGGGGAACUACCUAUAGUUGCUGCACAAGGGGCUGAAAUUGAAGCUUAUAGUGCACUAGAUCCUGCAGUUCGCGUGGUGAUUUUGAAAGCAUUAUGUGAUAUUCGUGUUGAGCAAGAAGAUAUUCGUAACUACAUUGACGAAAACUUGAAACAAGGUGUUCACCUCUCACUUUUCCGGAAAGAACGUAUUGGCGGUGAUUCUCAUGGAAUUUCUUACUGGUAUGAGGAUGAUCCCAUCAUUGGGCAUCGACUCUACCGAGAGAUUAGAAAGAUCGAAGUCAAGAAAGGAAAGGGCAAGAAUGUGCAGCCAAUACCUAGCUCAUGUUACCAGUGGGAAACUGUUGCAACUAAUUUGGAUGAAUUCCUGGAUGUUUCUGAGAAGCUAUUCUCGAGUAAAAAUAGAACAGAGGCUUCUGUUGGAAAGAAGUUGAAAAAUGACAUGCUUCCUGAGGUUGAAAGGGUCCACAAGAGGAAAGAGAAAUUGCUGAAGAAACAACAUAGACAGGCAUUGAUGCUUGAUAACAUGCUAAAUAUGGAUGGUCUUGCUGGUGGGCGCUCCUUGCGUGAUAGGAAGCGCGUGACUUACACAUUUGAUGAUUAUGAUCGGUCAAUUAAUGAGGCUAUCAAGAUAACCAAGAAUGGUCAACCAUCCGCAGAACCACCUACUUUGAGGAGAGAAGCUUCCAUGAAGCAUGAAACUUCUAUAAAUGGUGGAUUGGAUAGUCCUCCACACUUGUCUCAACGUGUGUCUUUCAGAGUGCAUUCUCCUAAAUCACCCGAAUACGAUGAAUAUGACGAAGACCAACAAGAUGAACAAUUAGAUCGAAGCAACCGUAGGAGGCAGAGACCCCAACGCUAUUCUGCAUCAGAGUUUGUUGAAGCAUUAUCCGAGAAUGAGGCAGAUCCUGACAGUGAUGACGAUAUAAUGGGUGAAGCGGUUUAUGAUGACGAAUAUUUGAGGAAACGAAAACAGCAGAAGAUUUCAAGUAGCUCGGAAGGAGAUGAUGAGUACCAUUGGGAUGAAGAAAAUCCUGAAGAUGAAGAAGAGGAGGAUGAAGAUGAAGAUUCCCCAAGUGCUAGUGAGGAGAGCGAUGAUGAGCCACCGAGUCGGAGAUUUAAGAAACUUCCGGGCCGCACAAGAAGAGAAACCAAGUUGAGGUCAGUGGGCAACCUUCAGUCAGGUUUAAGACGAAGUAACAGGGCAACCAGAAACCGCAUCAAUUAUAGCCAUUUAGAGAUGUCAGAAUCAGAGACUGAGUCAAUGCAACCUGAGAAGUCAAAUGGAUCUGAAGAGCACUAUGAUGAUGCAAGUGAUAAUGCAGAGUUCUCAAUGGGAAGUGAAGACACGGAGGAAAAUAAUGAGAAUGAGAAUGACAAUGACAAUGAGGAGGUGAAAGUUGAGCAACCGGUUGAUGAUGUGCCAUUUGAGAUGGCAGCGGCAGAUCAAAAUGAUGUACCAAAGAGAACAAGCAGUCCAGAUCAAGAUGAUCUUGAAAGUGGACGGAAACCGCGCUUUCUUGAUCUCAAUGAGCUUGCCCCAGGUUCUGGAUUCGACGAUGGUCCUAAUUCAGAGAUGAAAGAUGAAGGUGCAGAUGACUUCUGAUGUCUUACCCUGAGAUUCUGUUGCGUGUAGUUUGGUCUUGCAAGCUGAUUAUAUGAUAGUUAAGUCUGAAAAUACUGUGGCCACUCCACGAUAAAAGCAAAGGAGUUUCCCAUGGAAAAUUUUGGCAACUGUGAUGCAGUUUGUUUAUCCUUAGUGGAGCUAAUCGGAACUGAGAAAAUUAUGUAGAUUGAGUAGUCAAAUUUUUUAGCAUAUCUGCAUUCACCUAUGAGUGGUGGGGAAAUUCGGUUAGAGUUUCCUUUCUUGUUCGCUGUACAAUAACAUUAUUACUAAUACUGUAACAGAAAUGUCGCUUUUAGAUGCUUAGAAUCAUUAAUGUAGUUAGAUGCUUGGUGCCA